AUGAUUGAUUAUAUGCAACAGGUUUUGCGGGCGUUUGAAUCAUGUACGGGAUGGAACCGCGACAAUUGCUACGAAAAUAUCACCAGCACCUCUGAAAAUGUACUGAACUUUAAGAUCCCAGAGGGUCUAAAAUGCCAGGUUUCUAAUAGCUCAACGGCCCACACGUUCUCUACAUUUGAGCUUUCGAACCAUUCCGUGAUCAACGGGUCGCUUGCAUACUUAUACAGCAGUGGGAAAGGACUAGACCGGUCUGUUAGCAGCUCUGGAAAUGUACUGCUGCAGAACGCAGUAGAAAGUUACCGACAAAUUCAGCCGUCGUAUCUUGAUGAAGCGAGUAGAAAGGCGUUUGAGCCAUCGUCGCUGUGGUUCGGACGCAUGUACUAUCCAAGCUCAACGCUGGAAGCCAUGGUGGUUAAACGAUUAAAUCCAGAAACACAGCUUGUAGCCAAAUGUCUGAGCAGUUUGGCGCACACAAGCGUGCUCACCCUAUACUGGCAAAGAGAUUCGGGCCAGAACUGCCAGGAGUGGGUUUUUUCGUCCAAUGAAGCUCUUGUGGGGUAUCGCAUGCUGCACAACUUCGUGGGCAGUCAAUCUAAACUCAAUACAUCGCUGUACAACAACUCGUCGCUCUCACUGGGCGCUGAGUUUUGGUUUGGACUCCUGAACACUAGCCCUGCAUGUUCAACUACUAUGCGUUACAGUACGCAUUCGGCAAAUACAGGCAGACCCUUGACACUGACGUUUUCGUGGAACCCACUAUUUGGCCAUGUUUCGUCCACUUAUUCGGUGAAAACUUCGUCCAAUGCCACCAUUAGCACAAAAUUCGACUUCAACCUGUACUCCAUAGAGUCCAACUUGUCGUUCGGGUGCGAACUUUGGAGAAGUGGAAAAGAAGCGGGCCCAAAUCAAGGCACAACACAAACCGCUUCACGACGCGCUCAGCCGCAACUUGCUGAAACAAAAGACAUGUUUUACCAUCUGAUGGCAGGUUCUUCUAACUCGCAAAAGCUGAUGGAAGAUCUAAACGUUACCUUCGCAUCUCCAUUGAACAAAAUACAAAAAGAACGAUCGAACAUUCAAAAAUUCGAAAAAUCGCUAGUUGAUUCCAAUUUCACCAGUGUCUGCAAGCUCAGCACUAGUCUUCGAGAUCAAAACUUGAAAGUGCUUUGGGAAGGUCGGUACAAGGGAUUCCUGAUAUCUGCUGGAACCGAACUCACAAAUGCCCCGCUGGACCUGCCGUCAAACAUGGUUGACGAAUCAAAGAAAACAAGUUUCUUUAAACCUGCAAAAUUCGGACUUCAGUUACAAUACUCUAUGUAA